AUGGCUUCUCAACAAGAGUCAAAAUCGAUUCCCCUCAAAAUAUUAGUGGACAAACAAAGAAGCAAAGUUGUUUUUGUGGAAGCAACAAAAGAUUUUGUUGACACUCUAUUCAGCUUCCUAUCUCUUCCACUUGGCACCAUUGUUCGCCUUUUAGCCACCAUCAACAGCAAAAAUGAUCAACAAAAACAACUCCCAGAAUCAUCACCAUUCCUUGAAAACAUCAAAAACCUCUACCGUACCAUCCAAAAUCUCGAUUCAAAUGAUGUAUGGAACAAUACUGUCUGCAAACAAAUGCUGUUGCAUCCCAGGAAUCCCUGUGAAGCAUUGUGCAUGAAGCUGUUCUUGAAUGUUGAUGACACUGAGCCAUCAAGUAAGUUUUUUGUGUGUGAUUCUUGUAACACGUUUACUACUUUCCAAAACCUUCAUUGUACCUGUGGAAAACCUACUAAUAGACAGCCUAAGAAUCUGGAUUCAGAGGGUCAUGGGAAUAGUACUAGUGUGGAUACUAUAAAUGGGGUCUUUGUUAGAGAAAAUGGAUCAAUGUUUCUGGUGUCUGAUGAUUUAAAGAUUGUGCCAAGUUCUUCUGUGACAUACUUGCAGCUGUUGAUGGAAUUGGGGUAUUCAGAUUUGACUCAAUUAGAGGAAGUCACACACAACAUUGGCAAACAAGAGAUAUUGAACCUCCUCAAGCAUACCUUAACCUCUCAUGAGCCUUUGACAAAUACAUUUUUUGCAAGUAGCUCCAAGAACAAAGACAACCGACCUAACCAACUUGCAUCAGCAGUUAGAGCAAUGCCUUGCACCAGUGACAUCAGGAAAAUCGAUGUUAAAGUAAUUCAAAGUAAAUCUCAGAAAAAUAUAAUCUUUGCAGAAACCAAUGGAGAUUUUGUUGACUUCAUUUUAAGCUUCCUUACGGUGCCAUUAGGCUCCAUUGUAAAACUUUUAGGAGCUAACUCUUUUGCUGGAUGUUUUGGUUUUCAAAACCAGCCCCUCAACAUUCCUGUUGUACUAACACCAUCUAUUGCAUAUUAUUAUGGUACCGGGACACCAAAGAUAGGAUCUGUGCAUGGUAUUUCUCAUGGCAUUUAUUAUAAUACAGAAGAAUUAAAGAUAGAGGGAGGAGUGAUAUCUAAGUCAGAAAGAUCAAUUUAUAAUGCAAAAUCCUUAACUGCACUGGACCCAAGAUCCCUCAACGGAUCAAAAGUUAUGGGAUUUGUGAAGAGAGCAAGAUUAUUUGGUAUAGAUAACGAUCUACGAGUAAAACCACUUUCUACUAAUUCUUUCCUUUUAUAUUUGAAAGAAUUAAGUCUUCCUCUUGAUGAUCUUGAAGUGAAGGUGAUAAGCAUUGGUGAAGCUGAGGCUUUGGGCAUCCUUGGGACAUUCUUGACAUCAAGAUUUACCUUGACUAGUGGACUUAAAGACCUUUUGAGUGUGCCUAAACCAGAAUCAACUGUAUUGAAAGUUCCUAAAAAAGAAUCAACAUUGACAUCAAAACUCAUUUGGAGAGCAACAACUCCCAUUGACAUCCAAACCAAUGGCAAAAGCCUUCUCCAAGAGCUAAAAUUUGUUGAAGAAAUCAGAAGCAAAGUAGCACUAAAAGACGCAGCAAUCAAGCAAAAGAUAGUUGUUCGAUAUGACAAGAAAGCGAAUAAGCAGGAAUUCGAGGUAGGCGAUCUAGUCCUCAUGAGAAACCAGAAGGAUCCCAAACAAGGAAAGCUCUCUCUAACUAGGAAGGACCUUAUAGAAUAA